ACAGAGAAAAUUGCCUACGAUAAAAUCCUCACAAUGUCGGGCUCUGAGUUUGAAUCUUUGGAAAAGACAUUGGAGAAACAUAUUCCAGAUGCAGAGCUUAAAGAAGUGAAAAGAAUCUUGUUUGGAAAAGAAACCAAGAAGUUGGCUCUCCCAGCAUGUGCGGUGGAGGCUGCUUCAGCGCGGGACUUUGAGCUUCAGGGGUACUUGUUUGAGGCUUCCCCGGAACAGCUCAGGCCCCCAAGAACCGUCCGGGUUGGUCUCAUUCAGAACCACAUUGUUCUGCCUACGGAUGCUCCGGUCCUGGAUCAGAUUACCGCGCUCCACAAAAGGAUUGGUGAUAUGGUGGAUGUGGCAGCCAUGUGUGGGGUCAACAUUGUCUGCUUCCAGGAGGCCUGGACUAUGCCCUUUGCUUUCUGUACCCGAGAGAAAGAGCCUUGGACAGAGUUUGCAGAAUCUGCUGAAGAGGGUUACACCACCCAGUUCUGCCAAAAGCUGGCAAAGAAAUACAACUUGGUAGUGAUAACGCCCAUUUUAGAGCGAGAGGAGAUACACAACGUUCUUUGGAACACGGCAGUAGUCAUCUCCAACUCGGGUAGCAUCCUGGGUAAAACCCGGAAAAAUCACAUUCCCCGGGUAGGAGACUUCAACGAGUCUACAUAUUACAUGGAGGGCAACACUGGCCAUAGAGUGUUCCAGACCCAGUUUGGAAAGAUUGCGGUGAACAUCUGCUAUGGGCGCCAUCAUCCUCUCAACUGGUUCAUGUACGGUAUGAAUGGAGCCGAGAUCAUCUUUAACCCCUCCGCUACUGUUGGGGGACUUAGUGAACCCAUGUGGUCAAUCGAGGCUAGGAACGCAGCGAUAGCGAACCACUGUUUCACCUGUGGAAUCAACCGUGUUGGAACAGAAUACUUCAACAAUGACUUCACCUCUGGGGAUGGAAGAAAAGCUCAUAAAGAUCUAGGACACUUCUAUGGGUCAAGCUAUGUGGCUGCCCCUGAUGGCAGCCGUACACCAGGCCUGUCCCGAACUCGCGAUGGUCUCAUGGUAACCGAAAUGGACCUCAACCUGACACGACAAAUAAGUGACAAAUGGAACUUUAAGAUGACGGGGAGGUAUGAAGAGUAUGCAGAGGAACUCACCAGGGCCACCAAGCAUGACUUCAAGCCCAACAUUAUCAGGGAGUAAACUGAUAUGACCCAAUGGGUCAUGUGACCCCUAAACGAAGUCCAGCACAGCUGUGAAUACAGCCUUAGACACCAUCUCAAGGAGAAGACCAAGUCAAUGUGGAAGCAGACAUUAUGGGGCCAUUUUGAUUAUGAAAGGGCAAUUCAAUUCAGCCAUGAACU